UUUUCCUAGUACUCUCUCCCUGAAAUACAAAACUAAAAAGGAAAGGAGAGAGAAAAUAGGGAAUAGAAAACAAAAAAAACCAUUAAUAGCAGCUUCAAUUUGUGACGGCUUAUAGUUCUUCUUCAAAUUUCACAUUAGAUCGGUUUCUCUGGCUGCUUGCUACAUUCAGAUUACCAUUUUUAUCUCUCUACUCUCUCAGAUUUUGGUGGAUUUGUCGAUUUAAUUAAUUUAUUUUUUAUUUUUUUAGUUUUCUUUUGUAUUUUAUACUGAUCAUUUUGAAACCCUAAUUUUCCAUCAUGGCGAUGACGGCCGAUUCAUCGCAAACUGCGGCUGCUGAUACUAUCAGCAGUCCGCAAAAGCAAAAACCUCUGCCAUGGGCACAGAUAGUCCGAGGUGAACCGGAAUCAAUGGCUUCUUCUCUUCAGCCGCUACCUCCUCCACCACAGUUGCUGCCUGAGCAAUCUACUUUUUCAGAUUGUUCCUCUCCUUCUAAGGCAGCAGCGGCGGCGGCCCCUCAGCCCGAAACUUUUGAGACUGUUGAGACUAAUAAUGAUAUUAGCAAUGCGGGUGACACAUCCAAGAAAGCUUCGCCUUGGAAGAAGCCAUCACCAAACGGCUUAGCGGCGGCUGAGGUUAUUAAUCCAGUGAUGGGAGCCGUUUCUUGGCCUGCUUUAUCUGAAUCAACUAAUAAAGCAUCUCCAAAAUCAUCAGCACCGUCUGAUCUAAAAGUCAUUCCUGAUGGACCAUCAUCACCAGUGCCUAAUUGUCAGGGACCUGUAAUUCCUAAGUCACCUCAGAGGCAAGUUAACUCUAAUGCAAAAUCUAAUGUAGUGCCAGCUAGACAAAGGUCCAUGAAGCGUGGUGGUGGUGGUGGUGGUGGUGCUAGUGGUAGUAAUAGUAGCUCAGGAGCUGUGCAUUCUCAAACUAAUUUCACUCAUCCUCCACAGCAGCCGCCAUCACCACCACCUUAUCCUAUAUUUGCAAUGUCUCCUAAUGGUUAUGGGAAUCUGGUGCAAGUAAUACCUGAUCAAUCUGCAAGGGGAAACAAUUGGGAACCUAGACCAAUAGUUGGGGGUAUGGUGCCUCAACCACCUGUAAUGAAUGAUCACAGGCAUCCUUCUCGAAGAGGUAAUUUUGGACCCCGGGGAGAUGGUCACUAUCAUAACAAUUUUGGAGGAAGGCGUGGUGAUCAAGAUCGUGGACAUUAUGGGAAUGGAAGAGAUGUUCCUGCCCAAUCGCAGAGAUCUCCUAGAGGCGGCUUGGGGAGGAUGCCAUCACAAAAUUCAGCUCCAUUUGUUCCACCCCAGCCUGUAAGACCUUUUGGAAAUCCCUUGGGCUUUCAUGAUUUCAUGUACAUUCCAGUGCCAUUGGAGUCCGUUAGGGGGAUGCCAUUCAUCGCACCAGCACCAGUACCAGCACUAUCUCCUUUGCCUGAUAUGGUAGUCCGUCAGAUAGAAUAUUAUUUCAGUGAUGCUAACUUAAUUACAGACAAUUAUUUGAAGUCAAAAAUGGAUGAUCAAGGAUGGGUUCCGAUUUCUUUAGUAGCUGGCUUCAAUCAAAUUAGAAAGAUGACAAAUGACAUCCAUUUAAUUUUGUAUUCCUUGGGGACUUCAACUCUUCUAGAAGUACAGGAUGACAAAUUGAGAAGGCGUAAUGAUUGGAUGAAAUGGAUACCUAGUUCUAGUAACCAUUCUACUGAUUCAGGCCAACAGUCCUUCAACGCUAAUGAUUUGCCGACAAAUUCACUCCAAAAGAUGACAAUGGAAGAAGUAGCAGCCAACGGAAAUACCAUCCAGUCGUCCCCUAAAGUAGAGGACUCUCCAGAGAGUUCAUCUGAUCAGUUGAUGUCUCGGCUACAGAUCUCUCAAGGGGAAAAUAUUGACAAUGGGAGAUCUAGCUGAAACUGAUCUCAAUCAGUGUACACCAUCACUUUUAUUUUUAGCACAAGAAUACUGAAUUGUUUCAAGGAAAGGGAGAGAUGAAUGCUACUCUGGAAGGUCAGAAGUACCUUUCUAAUUUAUCCAUUGUUGUGCCUGGUUUUGACAGAUUUUCUUGAGGCACAUGAAGGAAAACAAAUAAGAACACAUAUAGGUAAUUUUGAUCAAGCAAAGAACGGAAGAAAAAAAAACAGAGAGAACUUUGGUUUAACUGGGGAGAAUUUUAAGGUUAUUUUGCUCUUGUAUAGCUUUGUUAUGGUGUGGAUGGUUUUUAUUUUUUUAACUUUCGAUGGCACAGCAUGCAUAGCAAUCUUAGAGUUGCAAUUUAAGGCCAAGCAAUGUGUUAUCGGAUACCAUAUUCCAUUAAACUGCUCUCUUUUGAUAAAGGGAUUUGAACUUCAGUC